GCAUGUCGGUUGAAAAGCAAUUGGAAGCUGCGCAGAAAUUCCUAAGAGGAAUUCGUUCGCUGACCUCCUACGAGGAGGUCAGGGAUAAACAGGCGCUGCAUGUGGGUGUGCAGAAAGCACUGGACAAAGUGCAGUGCUUCGCGGCAGCUCAAGCGGCUGCGUGGCUGGCACAGGUGCAGCCCGACUUCUGGGGUGACUUCCAAGCGGAGUCCUUCGGUGAGAAUGUUGCUGUGAAAACGAGGCCUGUGGAAAUCGAUCAGACUCGUUGCUUGGACUCUACGGGAGCCUGGGCAUGCGCAGAGGGAAGGGCUGCAGACAGCAAGGUCUUGAAACGCCUGAGAACCUUGUUGCUCUACGGGCAGUGGGGCGCUACACAUCGGGAU